CGGAGGGAGACGCAAAGGCAGAUUAGCCACCAUUUUUGGCGGCAAGACAAUCUUUUGUUUAACACCAAUGACAUUUGAUGCUUUGGUUUCGAACUGUUAAGAUUCCACGUAGAAAAGAAUAGAGACAUGUUUUCUCUUGUUUCUCUUAUUCCGUUUCUCCAUUAAGAUUUAGAAAGGAAAAGAGAAUAACUCUUUUUGGUAGUCACAAGGGGUUCUAUUGAAUCCCUUCCUCGGAAUAUUAUUCCGCACAAAAAGGGUAACAAUUUUUUGUUGUUGGUGUUGUUGUUGUUGUGAAUGAACAGAAAAUGCCUUUGUCAUUUUCGUCGGAUGAUGGUAGCCACCCCACCAUUGUGGCCAUUGAUAAAGACAAGCACAGCGCCUCUGCUGUCAAAUGGGCUGUUGAUCAUCUCGUGAUGAGCAAUCCGACGCUUGUGUUAGUCCAUGUUCGGAUAAAGAACUCAACAAAUCAGAAUGGUGUUGUUCAAGGUUCAAAUCGCGGAUUGAGUGAUCAAGAUACUCCUAAGGUCUUUACACCUUUUAGGGCUUACUCUGCACGUAAAGGGAUAGCAGUGAAGGAGGUUGUCAUUGAGGAUAUUGAAGUGUCUAAGGGACUUCUAGACUAUAUUAACAGCCACCGCGUCACCAACAUUGUUCUUGGUGCAUCAUCAAGGAGUGCUCUAUCCAGGAAAUUUUGGAGUCAUGAUGUGCCAACUAUCAUAAACAAGUCUGCACCAGAUUUCUGUACUGUAUACGUGAUUUCGAAAGGAAAGCAACAGUCAGUCAGACCAGCAGCAAAACCUUUUGCUAGUUCUUUGUCAUCAACGCUACCAUCUUCCCAACCGUGGUCAGCAGCUAGGCUAAGUAAUUACUCUGAAUCAUCAGAUGUAUCCAGGUCAGUAUAUACGAGGCCAGAGCAAAAUAUUGUAGGUUCUGAAAUGAUGAAGCCCAAAAUUGGACCAUCUAAUGCAUCAAUGGACAAUCUUGACGUUCAUACUAAAGAGCCCAAGAAUUCAUAUAGCCGCAGUUCUCCGUCUGAUGAUAGAGGUCUCUUUGCACCUCUUAGCCAUGGAUCAGUGGAUAUCACAACUCAAAAUCUUGAUUUCACUCAAGUUUCAGUAAAAGACAAUUGUUGCUCCUCAUCUUCAUGGGAAGCUGAGAUGAACAGAUUAAAGCUAGAGCUAAGGCAAACCUUGGAUAUGUAUAACACAGCUUGCAAAGAAGCUGUCUCGGCAAACCAAACGGCUAAAGAGCUUCAUCAAUGGAAAAUGGAAGAAGCAAGUAGGUUCAAACAAGCCCGUAUUUCUGAAGAGGCAGCUCUCGCUAGUGCUGAGAUGGAAAAAGCGAAAGGCAGAGCUGCCAUUGAAGCUGCUCAAAAAGCACAAAAGUUGGCUGAGAUAGAAGCAAAAAGAAGAAAGUAUGCGGAGUUGAAGGCCAAGCGAGAGACAGAAGAAAAGAAUCUAGCAUUAAAUGAUCUAUCUCGGAGCGAUCUCUGCUAUAGGAAAUACACAAUAGAAGAGAUUGAGGCCGCCACCAAAAACUUCUCAAAUUCAGAGAAGAUUGGUGAAGGUGGAUAUGGCCCUGUUUACAAAGCGAAACUUGAUCACACACCCGUUGCCAUUAAAGUUCUGAGAUCCGAUGCUGCACAAGGGAUGAAGCAGUUCAAGCAAGAGGUUCAAGUCCUCGGUCUCAUGAGGCACCCAAAUAUGGUUCUACUCUUAGGUGCAUGUCCCGAGUAUGGAUGUUUAGUUUAUGAGUUCAUGAAUAAUGGCAGUCUGGAAGAUCGUCUGUUCCGGAAAGGUAACACCCCUCCAAUCCCAUGGGAAAUUCGGUUCAAAAUUGCUGCUGAAAUUGCUACGGGGCUCCUAUUCCUUCACCAAGCAAAACCAGAACCUCUUGUCCAUCGUGACCUUAAGCCAGCCAACAUUCUUUUAGACAGUAACUAUUCGUGCAAAAUAAGUGAUGUUGGGUUGGCAAGGUUAGUUCCACCAUCUGUAGCAGAUUGUGUUACACAAUAUCACAUGACUUCAGCUGCAGGAACGUUUUGUUACAUUGAUCCUGAAUAUCAACAAACAGGAAAGUUAGGGACUAAAUCAGAUAUAUAUUCACUUGGUGUGAUGUUGCUCCAAAUUAUUACUGCAAGGCCCCCGAUGGGUUUAACACAUCACGUCGAGAGGGCCAUCGAGAACGGAACAUUUGCAGACAUACUAGAUCCAACAGUGCCAAACUGGCCAAUGGAAGAGACUCUUAACUAUGCAAAAUUGUCACUCAAGUGUGCUGAGCUGCGGAAGAAAGAUCGACCUGAUCUUGGUUCGGUCAUAUUGCCUGAGCUUAAUAAGCUUAAAGAACUCGGAAUGAAUAGCAAGCCAAGUACAGACUCUUAAUGUUUUCUUAUUCACUUUCAUAUGAAUGAUCCCAUUUGGAUAAUAUAUAAUGAGGAAAGAACCUGUAGCAUUUUGGCAUCAACUAGUCCAAUUAUAUUUUUUCUAAAGCAGAUUGUUGUCACAGAGAUUUGCAUAUGAACUAUUCGAAUUGUAUGUAUAAAUUUCUAAGCAUUCAUUUAAUGGUCAAAUCUCAUUCUGCUGA